ACCUAACCUGUUUAUAUGCUGUUUAUUAAAAAGUCAACAAACAUGGCAAAUUUAUUGAAAAAUCGAGUUGUUCAGCAACUUCAACACGUUAGGUGCCUACCACGAUGGCAGCAGAGAACUACAAGAGUUACAGCUGCUGAGGACUAUGCUAAAUCAACCGAUAGCAUAACUUUAUCCGAGCCCGUUUCAGAAGACAAAGAUUUUAAUCAAAAUACCGAACAAUCUUUGCAGAAAACUAGUGCAAAAGGCGAGAAAUCAACGCAAGAGCCUUUGUCUACAAUAAGUCAUUUGAAGGGUAUUCAGAAAAAAAGUGUCGAAGGGUUAUCUGUUUCGUUUGAUAAAGAUGGAAAUGUUGUAUAUACCAAAAUGGGAAAUAAUGAUAUACGCAUUAGCAGGCUAAUGGCAUUGGCAAAAUCCAGCAAUAUGAAGGAAAAGAAAAAAUUGAUGCUGUUGGAGGGGAAGAUUUUAAUUAGAGAGGCUCUUCAAUCUGGCUGCAAUUUACAAUAUCUUUUGUUUAGCAGAUUGAAAGAGGUUGAAUGUCUGAAAAAUUUCUUACCAUGUAAGGAUGUCCAAAUUUAUAAAUUGCCGUACAAAGAAAUUCAGUCGUGGUCUGAUUUAACAAUGUGCCCAGGAAUAAUGGGUAUAUUUCAAAUACCCGACACAGAAAGUUAUAAGCCUAUUGACCCUCUACCCAUAACUGUGAUUUGCGACAAUGUUAGAGAACCCAGCAAUUUAGGAUCCAUUUUAAGAAUAUGUAGUGGAGUGGGGUGUGAAAAUUUAAUUUUGACCAAAGGUUGUGUUAAUGCUUGGAAUACCAAAGUAUUGCGAACUGGUAGUGGGGCUCAUUUCAAGUUACACAUCGUUAACAAAACCAACUGGAGCGACAUUAUAGCUGCACUACCUGACAACUAUAGUUUAUUUAUAGCCGAUAAUAAUGUGGAGCGUCUUUCAGGGGGCACAGAUAAAUCAAUACCAGUCUUGCCUUAUUACUCUGUUAACUUUAAGAUGUCGAAACAUAUUGUUUUAAUAUUAGGUGGUGAAACGCAUGGUAUAAGUCCUGAAUCCUACGCACUAGCUGAAGAAAAGAAAGGAAUUCGUCUAAAUAUUCCUUUACACAAUGAUUUAGAUAGCUUAAAUACAAGUAUAGCCUUAGGAAUUAUUAUCUUCGAAGUCAAACGUCAAUUGAGCAAUUUACACACUGACAAUCUACAUUACGAUAUAAGGGAUAUCUGUACAAAUAAUUUAUAAUUUUUUUUUUCAUGUUAUUAAGAUCAAUAAAUAAGAUGUUUAUAUGUA